AUGUCGUGCAAAAACGCCAACAUCCUCUACUGGAACCCCCGCGGACUCAACAGUAUUGCCCGCCGCGACGCCGUCCGAGACCUGAUUCGUGACACCCACGCCUCCAUUGUUUGCCUGCAAGAAACAAAACUGGCCGUUAUCGAUGUCCCGCUCAUUUGCGCCAUGCUAGGUCACAAUUUCACCGCCAACUUUGCCUACCGCCCGUCCAUUGGCACAUCCGGGGGAAUUCUUCUUGCGCGAACUCCGUGUUGGCUUCCGUUACUGCUCUCUCUGACGGCUCCGCUUGGUCGAUCACGUGUGUCUACGGGCCUCAGGGAGACAGGCCGCUUGGUCGAUAAACUGCUCUUCAUUGAUGAGCUUCGGGAGCUAAAACCUGUGAUGCUUGAUGCUUGGUUGUUGCUGGGGGACUUCAACCUCAUUACCAAGGUUUCGGACAAGAACAAUCUCAACAUCAACCGGCGCCUCAUUGGCAAGUUCCGGGCCGCGCGAGAUUUUCUCCUACUCAAAGACAUGAGGAUGAAUGGAAGACGUUUCACUUGGUCCAACGCACAGCAAGACCCCGUGCUCACCAAGAUUGACCAUGUUUUCUACACUGAUGGGUGGGACGACCUUUUCCCCGAUGCCUACCUCCAGGCUUUCAACGAGACUGUCUCCGAGGCCUGGAACAAGACCAUCUUGGCCAUCGACCCCAUUCGCCGUGUUCACAUCAAAUUCUCGCGCACUGCCAAGGCCCUCCGGAAAUGGCACAGGCUUAACAUUGGGGACCUCAGAUUCGCAACUGCUAAGGAGAUCAUCCUACGCUUUGACCAAGCUGAGGAGCAGCGGCCUCUCUCCGACGAGGAAGGAGACAUGCAUCGACAGAUAAAGAGUUCCUACCUUGGUCUUGGUCUCCUCUCCAUCCAGAAGAUAAAGAUCUGUCAGAGGUCCAGAGUCACUUGGAUCAAGUUGGGUGACGCUAAUACAAAGCUUUUUCAUGCUAGGGCAAAUGGACGUACAAGAAAGGUCCAUAUCCAGUCUCUGUCCACGGCUACGGGCACAGCUAUCACAAACGACGACAAAGCGGACGUUCUUCUAAAUCACUUCAAGGGCCUCCUUGGCUCUAAGGCUCCCAGACUAUGCGGUCUGGACUGGGCGAGUCUCGACUACAAACCCCACGAUUUAUCUGACCUCAACAAGCCCUUCAGCGAUCAGGAAAUCAGGAACGCGGUUUUCUCGUUACCCUCCGUUAAAGCUCCGGGCCCGGAUGGCUUCAUUGGUGCGUUCUUCAAGUCUUGCUGGGACAUCAUCAAAGUUGACAUUGUGGCCGCGAUCAUUCACAUGUCUCACUUGCGUGAGGGGUGUGCGAGCCUUGUUAAUUCGGCCAACAUCGUCCCCAUCCCCAAAAAGCCCGACGCGUCUUCUGUGGGGGACUAUCGUCCUAUCAGCCUCAUACACAGCCUGUCGAAGAUCUUCUCCAAGCUCCUGGCCAACCGUCGUGCGCCCGUUCUGCCCGACAUCGUUUCCAAAUGCCAGAGCGCCUUCGUGAAGAAAAGAAGCAUUCAUGACAAUUUUCUACACGUUCAGAACCUCAUCAAGGAGCUAUAUUCCUCCAAAACGCCAUGCCUUUUUCUCAAGCUUGACAUCUCCAAGGCUUUUGACACAGUUGGAUGGGCCUACCUCCUCGAAGUUCUCACGGCUCUGGGCUUUGGACAGAUUUGGAGAGAUUGGAUCUCUCUUUCUUUAGCUUCGGCCACGUCACGAGUUCUCCUAAACGGGGACACCGGCCGCCCUUUCAGCCAUAGGAGGGGUCUACGACAGGGCGACACUUUGUCCCCUAUGCUCUUCAUCCUCGCGAUUGAUCCCCUGCAGCGCAUUCUGGCCAAAGCGACCCUCCACGGCAUUUUGAGCCCCAUUCGCUCGCGGACUACUAGAUGUCGUAUCUCGCUGUACGCUGACGACGCUGGCAUCUUUGUGAAUCCUCUCAAGGACGAACUCCAGGCCAUUUCCUCCAUCCUUGAAUGCUUCGGCAAAGAGAGUGGCCUCAUCACCAAUAUGAGCAAGACCGAGGUUUUUUCGGUACGAUGUGAAGAGAUUGAUCUCACUGAUAUUCUCGCUGACCUACCCGCAAAAAUUGGAACCUUUCCUGGGAGGUACCUCGGCCUUCCUCUUCACUUCCGCCGACUACGAAAGAUUGACCUCCAACCUCUCAUUGACAAGAUUGCUAGAAAAUUACCGGGAUGGAUGGGCAAGAAUCUGGCACGACCUGGAAGGGCAAGGGACAAGAUUAAUAGGAUUGCCAGGAACUUCAUUUGGGCUGGCGACGACGGCGAGCACGCGGCACAGGGAAAAGCGCUGGUUAACUGGAAGACCGUCUGCAAGCCUAAGGGGCUCGGUGGUCUUGGAAUGCCUGAUCUCGAGAGAACGGGGCGCGCUCUCCGCCUUCGAUGGCCGUGGUUAAACUGGACCGAGCCAGAACGCCCCUGGGCAGGCUCCCAACUUCCGUGUGACGAAAAGGACUUGUCCCUAUUCAGGACCUCUACAAGGAAUGACAUCGGUGACGGUGAAACAGCUUCUUUCUGGCACGAUAACUGGUGCACACGCGGACCUCUCGCCUCUUGGGCCCCUGACCUUUUCUCCAUUGCCACAAGGAAAAACCGUUUCGUCGCAAAGGAGAUAAGUGACAACAACUGGAUCCGUUCCGUCGCAAGGAUUAACUCCCCUACACAGUUAACGCAAUAUUUGGAGAUUUGGGACAUUGUUCAGACCAUCAUCCUCGACCCGUCGCGUCCGGACUCCAUGUCCUGGCUUUUGACCACGGACGGGAAUUACAGCGCCAGUUCGGCACACAAGGCACAAUUCCUCGGUUCCCAUCUCAGCUUCGCUGCGCAAAAGAUUUGGUCGGCGCAUGCUGAGCCAAAGUGCAAACUGUUUGCCUGGCUUGCACUACACGGAAAGUUACUUACCGCCGACAUGUUAGCCAUCCGAGGUUGGACCCAUGACCCUGUUUGCCCGCUCUGUCGACGAGCGCCCGAGACGGCUGUGCAUCUUUGCAAAGACUGCCCGUUUACAGCGGCCAUCUGGAACAUGGCCAAAUCUUGGGAUAAUGAUGAUUCCGCCGACUCCAGAUCCUCCUUCAUCUCCAUUUCAGAUUGGUGGGACGACAUGCUUACCGGCAAGCCUCGCAAAGAGCAAAGACGUAUCAGCGGGCGUUUUCUCUAUGUUGUAUGGAACGCAUGGAAGGAAAGGAACCGUCGUAUCUUCACCGGCCUUUGGCUCACAUACCCUGAGGUUGCGGAUCUUGCUAGGGAGGACAUUAGACAGCGUGAGCGCGCUUUUACCACCUUCGGGCAGGCCAUUCCGGCCGAGCCAGAUUAG